AACCAUUGAAUACUCUUGCACUUUAGAAUUACCAAAUAAAUGCAAUGGUCACAGUGGAGUGAGAGGCACAUUUGCAUCGAUUCCCCCAAUUUAAUGGGUUCAGCACUUCGAAAAAUCUGUGGUUGCUGCCAAAGAAGAAAAAGAAAUAGUGUCGGUGCAGUUCCCGAAAAACAUCUGAAAGUUUUGCUACUGGGUCUGAUGGGCAGCGGCAAAUCCGAACUUGGCCAUUUGCUGAGCCGCCAACAACGCCAAGACUACGAGCCGACAAACGGAGUGCAGUACUUUCGAAUGCAACUCCCCGACCGACACUUGUCCCUCACAGAGGUGGGUGGUAAUGUGGAAAUGCAAAAAAUAUGGCAUCAUUACUUCCUUACAACGAUGGGACUUAUCUACUGUUUCGACAUGUCGGCCUCCUUUGAAGAGCUUCAGAAAUCCUUCGACUGCUUUCGAAACACUCUGAUGCAUCCGUACGUGCGUGGCAAGCCAGUCCUGCUAGUGGGCACCAAAGCCGAUUUGGCGGACGAAGGCGUGCAGCUGUAUGACAUUGAGAACGCUUUCCUGCUGGAAGCUCUCGCCAAGUAUUACCACAGCAGUGCGCACGUAUGCUACGUCGGCAAGAGCAUCGAGCUGACCAGUGUGUGGGAUGGAGUGGCGUGGCUUAUUAAGUAUCUCAUAGAUAAUAUGGACCGGCUGCAAGCGAGAAUUAAAAUCGACGCCAAUACGAAGGCUUGGCAGGACAAGGUGAACCAGCUGGUCUCCGAAGGACGAAUCAAGCGGAGUCGGUAUCGCCACUUUCAAUAUCACUUCAAAAAUACAGCACGCAGAAAGGUGUGGUACCGUUCGUUUGGCCACUUUCGAACAAAACGCAUUCGGCCACACACAGCGCCGGCCACAAUAAACGCCGCAACGUUUGGCCUUUGCCCAAUAGUGAAAGAACCACCAGCAAUAGAGCGGCCAGAGGAGAAGUUCACCGAUGUGCCAAACCCAAGUGCUCGUGCACUUGCAGUCGGAAAAGUUAGCUAG